AUGUUGGAAAUUGCGGUUGAAUUGGAUGAUCUGGAUGGCACCCCAUUGGAUCUACAGUGGCUGGAACCGGACAAAUUGGCCAAGACUUUGGGUAUUCUGAUGCCCCCUGCUCAAACAGGAAAGCACAACUUGUGGCUAUGCAAGGGAAAGCAAAAGCAUGGGCGGACCAGAUCCAACCUAGCUUCCUUCACCACUAUGAUGUCCUUCCUCUCCUACGCACCGCAAUCCAGAAGACUUUGGAGUACCCAAUGGCGCUCACCUUCUUCUCUCAAUAGGAGUGGAAACAGAUGCUAUCCCCAGUGCUUAGUGCGGCACUUCCCAAGGCCGGUAUCUGCCGCAACUUUCCUGGUGCUAUGGUCUACGCCCCUCCAACUCAAAAAACACUUGGACAUGUUACUUUGCCAUCCGGCUAAUAAGAGCAAGACCGGCGCCUUCUUGAAGGCAGUCCUCCAGGCACAUCAGCUUGAGCCGGUUCCUCCUAUGGUCUCUUCCAACAAGUCUAUGGCAAUACCUCCCUCUCCAUCCACCUGGCGCUUGGUUCUCCCUCCCUCCAACAAAUGCGCCAAGGGGACCAAAUGUUAG